GAUUGGAUCGGUGUGUGUGUGUGUGUGUGUGUGUUCGAUCCCGUGAAGCGUUUAGUGCCGCACCCUGUCCUCCGUGCGUAAAACCUCACACGUACAUCAUCAUCUUCAUCAUCAUCAUCACACACCACGUUUCAUUCUUCUAGCGGAGUCUCGGGAGCAGCAGAGGGUAGCAGCUCACCUCGCGGACAGGUCGCACUCAGAGAUGGGCGAGGAGCGGCGGCUGUUCUGGCUAUGACACGGACACACCGGGCGGGAAGGAUGGCUCUCACCAGCCAAGGAAUGUUAUGCUUGAUCGGAACCGCCUGCCUCUGGCUGCCGUUGUUGGCGGAGGUGGUGGCGGAGGACAGUUACCUAAACGAGGUGCAGAACUCAGUGCCCCUGUCCUGCUCUGAGGGAUUCACAGAGUUGGGAUACUACAACGGCACCGUGUCUCAGACGGACUCUGGCGCCCCCUGUCUGAAGUGGACCGAGUUUCCAGACUAUGUCAUGCAGUACCCGGGCCGAGGGCUGGGUGACCACAGCUACUGCAGGAACCCGGACCGAGAGUCCAACCCCUGGUGCUUCUUCAGACAAAACUCUGGAGCCAUCGGAUGGGCCUACUGUGACUGCCACCAGGGUGCGGCGCGUCUAGUUGGCAGUCUGUCCUCUGGGAGUGGGCGUGUGGAGGUGUACCUGAACGGACAGUGGGGGGCGGUGUGUGACUCUCACUGGACAGACAGAGACGCCAGUGUGAUCUGCAGGCAGCUGGGUCUCGGUGACAUUGGCGCAGCGGUGCAGCGCUCUCAGUUCGGCUCGGGCUCAGGCCUCUUCCACUACGAGCGUCUGGGUUGCCGCGGUGAUGAGAACACUCUCAGUAAGUGCCGGGGCAGGACAUUCGUCACCGGCGACUGUAGCCAUGGAAACGAGGCAGCAGUAGUGUGUGCACCACCGGAAGGCAGUGGCCCUCCGCUGCGAUUGGUCGGGGGCGAGGAAGACUUUGAAGGUCGACUGGAGGUGUUUCACACAGGAAGGUGGGGCUCCGUCUGUGACGACCAGUGGGACGACAGAGAUGCUGAGGUUGUGUGCAGACAGCUGGGUUUUGGGGGCGUAGCGAAGGCCUGGUCGUGGGCUCACUACGGUCAGGGGUCAGGCCCGAUCCUGCUGGAUGCCGUGAAGUGCACAGGAAAUGAGCUCUUCCUGGACCAGUGUCCCCAUGGCGACUGGGAGCAGCACAACUGUGACCACAUGGAGGAUGCUGGGGUCUCCUGCAGCCCUUAUACAGAUGGGGUGGUGCGCCUGGUUGGAGGAGACAAUCCCUGGGAGGGUCGUUUGGAGGUCUUCCACAACGGUGACUGGGGGACGGUUUGUGAUGACCACUGGAGCCAGCAGCAUGCAGAGGUUGUCUGCAGACAGCUGGGCUACAGGGGUCACGCUGAGGUCGUAUCUGACGGGAUAUUUGGCGAGGGCCUGGGUCUGAUCCUCCUGGACGAUGUCCACUGUGCGGGGUCGGAGACGUCCCUGCUGGACUGUCCUCACGGGAUCUGGGGCCGGACUGACUGCUCCCACAGCGAGGAUGUCGGUGUUCGCUGCAGAAGCCGACCCAUCCAAGAAACCAACGAAGUGCCGGUUAUCGCCCCUUCCACAGGUCCCCUGGUGCGUCUAGUGGGUGGCAGCAGCAGAAAGGAGGGUCGAGUCGAGGUGUAUCUCCAUGGUGACUGGGGAAGUAUUUGUGACUCAGGCUGGAACGACCUGAAUGCAGCCGUGGUGUGCAGACAGCUCGGACACAGUGGUGGAGCUGUAGCAGCAGGGGGGUUCGGUCAGGGUAAAGGGCCGAUCCACCUGGACCAGGUGAGGUGCACGGGGAAGGAGGAGUUCCUGGGUGAGUGUCCCUCUCUGGGCCAGAGCACCAAGAGCUGCAGGAGGCGGGUGGAUGCGGGGGUGAAGUGUGAUGUCACACCGCAGGAAUCAGCGGUGCGGGCCAAGCCUCAGGAGUUGAGCUGUGGGCUGAGGAAACUGGGGGAGGAGGAGAGCAAGAGGAGGAGCCAGGGGGAGGGGAACAUGAUCAGCACCACGUGGCCCUGGCGGGUGUCGGUGUGGCUCCAGUCUCAAGAAGAUGGCGGGCCCCUCUGUAGCGGCACACUGAUCAGCCCCUGCUGGGCCCUGACCUCUGCCUCCUGUGUCAGCAGAUUGGGCAGCGACCCUUCCAGAUAUGUGGUGCGUGUCGGGGCGUCGGAGCAGACGCUCACCCCGCAGCAGGUGGUGGUUCACAGGAAGUUCAAGGGUCAGAGUGGAGGUCAUGAUCUGGCUUUGCUUAAGCUUCCCAGCACCAAGGGCCACUGUCUGACGUUCGACUCAAACACCAACGCAGCAUGCCUUCCAGCUGCAGACGCUUCAUCAGGAGGGAUUACUCCUUCUUCUUGCGUUGUCAUCGUUACCGCUGGUUUGACAGGACCAGACUCAGUUCUUGCAUCCUGGGUCCCUCUGAUGUCGUCAUGGCAAUGUAAGAAGCGCUAUGGUGACAGCUUCUCCAGCCACGGCACCCUGUGCGCCGGCAGUCCUCCAGACACCAGCCUCCUCCACGACAACGGUUGUCAGGGCAACUCUGGAGGCGGACUGGUGUGUCAGGGGGAGUCCGGUCGAUGGUUCCUCACCGGGGUCGUCGCCGGUGGGAACGGCUGCUCCGACCCCUCCUCUCCGGCGCUCUACACGCGAGUCAGCCGCUUCAGGAGCUGGGUCGAAGAGGUCACCGACACACAGCCAGAAGAGCUGCAUGCACACACAGACCCACAACUAGAUAUCACACACACUGACAAUGACCCAACACACACACACAGCGAGGGCAAGAGUGAGCAUUCUCACAUGCACGGCAAGCUCCAACACACACAUGAUCAACAGGAAACAAAUGAAAUCAUUGAUAUUACUAAGAAACACACUCAUCAUUCACACACCAAGCAGCACAUUACCACACACUCACACCACGGAGGGGAUGCCGACACAGACGCACAGAUUCUGGUCUAAUUGAAGCCGGCUAACCAUCUGUGCCAUGUGAGCGCCUGAGGAGGAGGAAUGAGAGUAAACAUUAAAAGAAAAGAAGGAUGCUCCUAACAUAGGUCAGUGCAAACGUGUCCAUGCUCGUUUCAGAUCUGAACUCAGCGUUGCGUUUGUGGACGCAGCGGUGUGGCCAGACCUUGCUGAGUGUGUGGGUGAGCUUGAGUUGCUUUAGAUGUGAGUUACAGUCCAACGAGAGGCAGAACAAAGACGUUUAGGUUGAGCCUGGCAUGCUGAUCGAGGCCUUUCACUGAUACCCGAAAAUCGAAAAAAAUCAGCAUGGCAUGUAUUUAAGGGAGUGUUCAAAAUAUUCCGGGGAUAUGUCUGAUGGUCACAAGAGAUUCUAUGCUAAAAUUUCAACUACUAAUGUGCGUCUUUUGUGUGUUUAGUGACGAAAAUCAACCACUAAGACUAACCACCAGUGCAUCUAGGAUAAAGGCUGACUGUAUUAUCGUUUUCCCACUAAUUAUAGAUGAAACUCAGAUAUGGGCUUUUUCCAGCAGGGCUCGUCUCUUCAAGCUGUUGUCUUUUUCCUAAACUGAUGAAAGUGCUGUUUAGAGCCACGACUAAGCUAUUUAUCUUAGGACCAAACCAGUGAUUCUUCAUGUUUUAGCAUAUUUAUUCCCAUUACCACAUUACCAUGUGUCUAUUGCUGACUAUUUAUAACUACAAAGAAAACUACAUUUGUUUAAGUUCUGUACCUGCGUAAUGUGUGCUGCUUAUUAAUAAGGAACACUUUUUAAAAAAGGUUAAAAGUGUUUAUUAAUGAAGAACUGAUAAAUAAAAGAUCAGCAUUUAAUGAGAACAGUUUUGUGUUGCCAGGUUUAUAAUAACAUGUAACUUCUGCUGUUGUCUUAAUCCAAACCACUUAGUUUUUAUUGAAUAGUUUUUAUUUAUUGGUUUACUCAUACAAACCAUGAAUAAAGGCAUAGCCAACAAUGUUUAAAACCCCUUCAUAAUGGAGGUUUCAUUAUGAAGUGGCAGAAAAUAUGCUCUUCUUAAACCAACAUGAUGUAGAGAGCCUCACGCACUUAAGCAUCAUAAAUGUGAUGAUUUUCUCAAAAGCAUUCCCCUUGCUUUCCUGGAAGCUGUUCCAUUGAUUUUACAACAAACACCUGUUGAAUCCAUCACAAUAAAAGUUAGAUGUGCACUAUUUUUUUUGUCAGAGCCCCAUUAUUGCUGAGAGGUACCGCAGUGCUUUCCUUCUCAGAUCAAUUAAGCUGCAUUACCUCGCAACAAUAAUGGGAAAGAAAAGACAUCUUGCAGACAUGGUGAUGGAAUACUGAACUUACUCAAGCUAAUUGAUUCAAUUCCAAGGGGAAAACUAUAGAAACAGCUAAAAAGAACUACCAAAUGGUUUUGUCAGCAGUUAAAGUGUUCGUCAUUUGCAGUUAGGUAGAUAAAACUUGCAAAAACAUCGGUGUGGUCCUUAAAAACUGUACAGGACAAUUAUCUCCUUUGGAAGCCAUUGUAAGCUGACUGUCGGGUCUUUAAAUAUCUUUUUGUAUGAUUCCAGCAGAAGGCUCUAGAUAGAUAGAUAGCUAGAUAGUUAGAUAGCUUCUCCUCCUGAGAUUAGAUAGUCUGUGUUUCUGCGUUUCUCUUGACUGAAUUAGAUUUCUCGAAGUUAAAUGUUGUCUGUUAUUCUCUGAGCGAAUGUGCCGUCCAACCAGAAGAUGGCAACAUUGCUCUAUUUUUUCACGGGGCCCCGCCUGCUGGAUAACAUGGCCCUGAUGCUUCUUUUUAUACUGUUGCUAUAAGUGUACGGACUUGUGCUUUGAUGUACUGUGAACCAUUGUGUCGUGAAGCAUCGUGUAACCUGCAGCUGUUUCUCCAACAUGGACCUGUCUGCAUCUGCUGUUAUAAUCCUGUACAUUCAUCUAACCACUACUUCCUCCCUCCCUGACAAGUGAUGUGUUACCAUGCAGAUCCUGUAGGUUAAUGUAAAUACUGUGUGUCUGAAGGAGCAGCGUGAAGAGUUUACUGGUGUUACACCCGUCUGCUGUUCCUCAGUGUAAUGUGCUGAAUCAUGGUUGAGUAUUAAAACAUAUACCUGG